UUUUUUAGGUGCCUGAAUUGUAAACUCCAUCCAAGGGUGGGCAUGUUACGCUUGAGCAUCAAGGGAUACAAUCCAAUACGUUCUCUGUUCUUGCGGCAGCCUGUAAGCCCACCAAUCCAGGUUGUCCAUGUCUAGAAAAGAAUCUAGCACUUAUUUUUUAUUGCUUUCUUGGAUCUGGUAAUAAUAAUUACAAAAAAAGUAGCAGUGCUCUGGAUUAAAGUACAGCUAUUAAAGUGAUAAAACCGUACCGUGACCCAUAUGUAAUUGAUUGCAUAAAUCAUCAGCUGUAUUAUUGUGGUUGUCAACUCUACUGCAUUGAUGUUGAUGCUGCAUUUGCAACCUGGUUGUCGGAUGCUACAUAUUUAUCAUUAUUUAUUUUUUUAUUAAUGACAAAGCAUGGAUACAAUGAAUAGUGUAAACAGUCUGAUGUUAACAAAAGUAGAAUAAUGAAUAGUGUUUUUACAUAUUAAUGUAUUCGGGCAUAUAUCUAUUAUCUUCUUAUGUUAGUUAUAAAUAGAAUACGUGAACUUCAUGUUAGUGCGAAAAAAAGUUCGUCAUGACUGAUGUCCAUUUUUGGAUGUCGGGUGUGGGUUUCAGUUUCACGUCGCGAUUGCCGUCCAGGCUGGCGUCCAUCCGCUAUGGACACCACGAUGAUGCCCCCGAGCAGAUACCGUGCUACAUCAUUUUGUCCGUUUCUACGAUGAUGCGGCCGGCGGCAGGGCUUAUUGGCCAAUGAUGUUCACUAAUUAAGCGAGCGAUUGAUUGUUCGUUAACCACAACGAAAUGCUGUUGGAUGGUUUCUGUCCUGCUGGAGUAUAUAAAGAGUUAGUUUACCUCCGAAAGAAACCCAACACUGUGCUCUUGGCCGCUACGCAGAUUAUUUCCCUGUUGAGGACUCGAUCGAUUUUGUUUCGUCCUGUCGAUCUGAAUCUUGAUCCGUCUGCUCGAUCAGUCGACGAUCAUGGAUUCGACGGAGCCUGAGGUGGCGGCUGCGACGGUGGAGAUGAUGCCGCCGCACGUAGUGUGCGUGCCGUACCCGGCGCAGGGCCACGUCACUCCGAUGCUCAAGCUCGCGAAGCUGCUCCACGCCCGGGGCUUCCAUGUCACCAUGGUGAACACCGAGUUCAACCACCGGCGCCUGCUCCAGUCGCGUGGCCCCGAAGCAAUCGACGGCAUCACCAGGUUCCGCUACGCCGCUAUCCCGGACGGGCUCCCGCCCUCCGACGCCAACGCCACGCAGGACGUCCCCGCGCUCUGCUACUCCACCAUGACCGCUUGCCUCCCGCACCUCCUGUCCCUCCUCAGGAAGCUCAACAGCGACGACCCUAGCAGCUCUGGCGCGCCGCCCGUCACCUGCCUCGUCGUCGACGGCGUCAUGUCGUUCGCCUACGACGCGGCGAAAGAGAUCGGCGUGCCGUGCGCCGCGCUCUGGACCGCCAGCGCGUGUGGCCUCGUGGGGUACCGGCACUACCAGCAGCUCGUCCAGUGGGGCCUCGUCCCGUUCAGGGACGAGGCGCAGCUCGCGGACGACGCGUACCUCGACACGGUGGUCCGGGGCACCCGUGGCAUGUGCGACGGCAUGCGGCUGCGCGACUUCCCCAGCUUCAUCCGCACCACGGACCGCGGCGACAUCAUGCUCAACUUCUUCAUCCACGAGGCCGGGCGGCUGUCGCUCCCGGACGCCAUCAUGAUCAACACCUUCGACGACCUCGAGGGGUCGACCCUCGACGCCGUGCGCGCCACGCUCCCUCCGGUGUACACUGUCGGUCCGCUCCUCCUCCACACGCGCCGUGCCGUUACGGUGGGCAGCGAGCUGGACGGCCUCGGCUCCAACCUCUGGAAGGAGCAGGACGGCCUCCUAGAGUGGCUAGACGGCCAGGCGACAGGCUCCGUCGUGUACGUCAACUACGGGAGCAUCACCGUGAUGUCGAACGAGCAGCUGCUGGAGUUCGCGUGGGGGCUAGCAGGCAGCGGCUACCCGUUCAUGUGGAACAUCCGGCCAGACCUUGUGAAGGGUGACACUGCCGUGCUGCCGCCGGAGUUCUUGUCCUCCGUGAAGGACCGGGCCAUGCUAACAACAUGGUGCCCGCAGGAGGCUGUGCUGGCGCACGAUGCAGUGGGGCUCUUCCUCACGCACUCUGGGUGGAACUCAACCCUAGAGAGCAUCUGCGCAGGGGUGCCCAUGCUAAGCUGGCCCUUCUUCGCGGAGCAGCAGACCAACUGCCGGUACAAGCGUACAGAGUGGGGCGUCGGGAUGGAGAUCGGUGGCGAGGUGAGACGCGCAGAGCUGACAGAGACGAUAAGAGAGGCCAUGGACGGGGAGAAGGGGAGGGAGAUGCACCGGCGUGCCGCAGAGUGGAAGGAGAAGGCCAUCCGAGCCACAAUGUCAGGUGGGUCUGCGGAAAACAAUUUGAACAAGGUUGUCAAUGAGGUGCUGCUCCGCAAGAUAGGUUGAGUCUCCGGUCAAGAAUACCUUUACUCUUGUGUUGCCAAACACAAAAUGCUCAUAAAAGUCUACCUUACUAAUGUUAUAUUCGUCAAGAAGAGCUCUUCUGCACAACUCAUGCAAUACCAUUUCACUCAUAUGUCCAAGACACAUAAGCCAAAGAUUAGUAGCAUCAUAAUUAGAUGAUGAAGAAAUUACAACAACAUCACAUGUAAUUGUAGUACCAUGAAUACAGUACAAAUUUAGAGAUA